AUGAAGAUCUCUAAGUAUUCGGUUCCUCUGUUUACUGGAUAUGGAUUGUCAGCCGCUAUACCUGAUGCAUCGGAGGCAGAUUUGGCAUCAUCUGCACAUAAAAAUGGCUGGAUUCCGCGCUUUGAGAACUUGGUAGCUUUUGGAGAUAGCUAUACAGACGAGUCUAGACUGAGUUAUUUCCAAACUCACAACGGUUCGGCACCGCCUCCAGGAACUUUACUCCCAUCCAGCAAUUCGACUGCUGGUGGAGGCGUCACCUGGGAUCGAUGGGUGUCGAAUUAUAGCGGAGCUAAGCUUUAUGAUUAUGCUGUCGCUGGAGCAGUCUGCUCUAACGGAAUCAUCAAUCGAUAUUUAGCCAGUAUCUUUGGACCCUUCCCUGAUGUUGUCUAUGAAGUUGAUGCGUUCGUUGCGGAUGUCAAUUAUAUCAAUUCAUCCACAAAUACCAACACUCUUUAUACCAACCGUAAGUCUGACAAUACGGUAUACUCAAUGUGGAUUGGUACCAACGAUCUGGGAGAGGGUGCCUUUUUGACAGACUCUUCCUUGAAUGGAACAACCAUUCCAGACUACGUUGAUUGCAUUUUCGAUAGAUUCGACGGAAUCUAUCAGACCGGAGCCAGAUAUUUUGUUCUGAUGAAUAAUGCACCGUUACAAUUAACGCCAUUGUAUGGGAUGCCAGGUGCAGGAGGAUUGAAUGCUAGCCAUUAUUGGCCCAACAAACCAAGCAACAUCUCAGAAAUCAGCGGGAAAAUGAAAGAAUAUACUCAAUUGGCCAAUGACAUAUUCGACUACCGAGUACCAUUUGAAAUGGUAAUUAAAAAGCGUUACCCAGGAGCGUCGAUCGCUAUCUUCGAUACCAAUUCAUUACUUACCGACAUUUAUAACAAUCCAACGCAGUAUUUACCAGCACCAGCCGUUGUCGAUAAAUCAUACAUUCUCUGUGCUGUCUCCGGAUCACCUUGUCCCAAGCAACCAGGAAGCUUAGAUGGCUAUAUGUGGUACGACGAACUUCACCCUUCUCAAGGAACAGAUAAAGUUAUUGCUCAAGAAUUCUUGAAUGUUGGGAACAAUACGCAGUCUUUCAACCCCAAUGGUGGCCAUCCACAGGCUCCUCAAAAUGUCCAUCAACCAGGUCAACAACAGCCUCAGCACAUGAUGUAUAAUGCUCAACAAUACGGGCCCGGAGGUCAUCAAUCACCUUACGGCGCAUCUGGCCCCGGCAUGGCUGGGAAUGCCGGUGGAAUGGGAAUGAUGCAGAACAGCGGUUUGGCGCAUAUGCCUGGUGGAAAUGUUUCUUCCUAUCAAACGCCAUAUACAAGCUCCCCUUACGGCAACAAUAUCGCUACAUCCUCUUCCGUCUCACACCCUACAAACUUCAUGCCGACCGCAUCAAAUGCGCCCCCACAAUAUGGGAUGAACCCUUCCGCAAUGAUACCACAACAGCAGCAGCAUCAAAUACAGCGUAUGCAGCCACCACCAUCUUCUACACCGACGCCGACGUCGGCGACUUCCCGCGUCUCUCCCUACGGGAAUUUUCCCCAGAGCACACCACCAAGCGCGUCGAACGCACAAUUCGCUAUACCACCGAAUCCUAAUCAGCAACACCAUCAAACCCCUAAUAACAAUCAACACGGAGGAAUGAGCUUGACUCCGCAGACCCCAAGCUUCCCGCCAGGUGUGCGAAAUUCUGAAAACGCGGGAGCCGCCAUGAGUACGCCAUUAAGUCCUGGCUCAGAGCUUCGAGAGAAGGAAAGGGUCACCGUACUACUAGAUAUCAAUCGAGAAAUGCUGUUAGAAAUUAUGCGGAUAAUAGCUCUACAGACUGAUUUGAAGAACAACAAAACGGAGGAUCCCGCCGAGAAGUCAACGCUUGAGGCAGAGCAUAAACUUCUGGCGACCGAAUAUAUGCAAUGUAUGCGACGACUACAAUCGAAUCUAGCUUACCUUGCCGCAAUCGCCGAUCGCUCGCACAAGCCCGCAGCUCAGAUCCCCUCGCAUCCCGCAAUCAUGUUUGCGCCAACUCUUACAUACAAACCCGCGCAUACCAUCCCUGUAUCUGCGCCCACGAACGACGAUGAUCCGGCAUCGAAGCCCGAGGAAGGGCACGAAGAUCGAAGAGAGAUUUUAAAGGAGGCUUAUAAACGAUUACAGGCCCUUUACCCAGGCGUAGAUCCCAAGAAAGAUACACCGGCUGGGCCACCAAACGCAGCAGGUCGAGCACAAGCGCAGGCACAACAACACGUGAAUCUAAUGCAGGCAGCAGGACAGAAACAGGGUGACAUGGGGCAGAGCGUACAGAAUAUGAUAGGAGGCCAGAAUGGGAUGGCGCAAGGGCAGGGGCAAGGGCAAGGACAAAUGGUUCAAGGCAGUAUGGGCGGUAUGGUUGGCAUGGGUCAAAUGCAGCAGCAUCAGCAGCAAGGUCAACAAAAUAUGGGAAUGCCCGGCCUUAACCAAAAUCAAAAUCAAUUGCAGCAGCAACAGCAACAACAUCAGCAAAAGAUGCAAAACGAAAUGAUGAGACAGAGGAUGAUGCAGGAAGCCCAAAAGAAUCAAAUGAUGAAUAUGGGACAAAUGCCAGGAAGAUAG